AAUCAUAUAUCCUCUUAAACUUACAUCCCACAAAAAAAAAAAAGAGAAAAAGUAAAUUAAAGAAUGUUGAAGCCUCAGCUUCAUCAAAUAUCACAAUCUACAAAAACCCUAAUCCCAUGGAGUAGUACUAGAUCAUUUAUUUCUGGAGAAAUCUUAGCCUCUUUUCCCAUCAAUAUUUUAAAUAAAAACCUUAGACAAAAUCAGAAGAAGAAUUUUAGGGUUCAUUAUAAUGCUGCAAAUAGCACAAAAGCUGUGCUUAGUUCUACUGAGAAAUCUACUAGUGUAAAAGCAGUGAUAACUGUCCAAAAAACAGUUGGAGGCACUAACUUAUCUUUAACAAGAGGACUUGAUGAUAUUGGUGAUUUACUUGGUAAAACACUCCUUUUGUGGAUUGUUGCAGCUGAGCUUGAUCCUAAGACUGGAAUAAAGAAACCAAGCAUUAAGACGUUUGCACAUCGUGGACGAGAUGUGGAAGGUUACACACAAUAUGAGGCUGAUUUUGUAAUUCCUGAAGACUUUGGGGAGGUUGGAGCAGUUUUAGUACAAAAUGAGCACCACAAGGAAAUGUAUGUCAAGAAUAUAGUAAUCGAUGGCUUUCCCCAUGGCAUAGUUAAUAUUACUUGCGAUUCUUGGGUUCACUCCAAAUUUGAUGAUCCUGAGGAAAGGAUUUUCUUCACCAACAAGUCAUAUCUACCAUCUCAAACACCAAGUGCAAUAAAGAGAUUAAGAGGAAAAGAACUUGUAAUAUUGAGAGGUGAUGGAAUUGGACAACGUAAAAAGUUCGAGAGAGUAUAUGAUUAUGAUGUUUACAAUGAUAUUGGAGAUCCUGAUGCCAGUGAUGAUACUAAAAGACCAGUACUUGGUGGUAAUGAAUUCCCUUAUCCUAGAAGAUGCAGAACUGGUGGCCCACGAAGCGAGAAAGGUACUCCCGACGCUUCAAUUUAUAUGACACAUUUAAAAUCUUGGUUUAAAGAUGUGGAAUUUGCUCGUCAAACCUUAGCUGGUUUGAACCCCUAUAGUAUACGCUUGGUUACGGAAUGGCCAUUGAAGAGCAAGCUAGACCCUGAGAUAUAUGGACCUCCUGAAUCAGCAAUCACAAAAGAGCUAAUUGAGCUAGAAAUUGCAGGAUUCAUGACUGUUGAAGAG